AUGAAAGUGGACAAAGAAUUAUGUGUUUCCGAGGAGGCUAAGCCUAUGAUAUCCGACAGGAAGGGCAGUUUGAAGGUGACGAUCACUCCCGCCCAGCACAAGACCCUAACUCACCUUCCGAAAAGGCCGCCAGUGGAUCUUGCAUUCACAGACCUCACAUACAAAGUACAGGAAGGCAGGAAAAGCAAUGUGAAAACUAUCCUCAAGUCAGUCUCUGGGAGACUUCGAUCUGGCGAGCUAACGGCUAUCAUGGGUCCAUCAGGCGCUGGGAAAUCAACACUACUCAAUAUAUUGACUGGCUACAAGACUUCUGGAAUGGAGGGUAGUAUCACGGUGAAUGGGAUGGAGCGUAAUCUGUCUAGCUUCCGAAAACUGUCGUGCUACAUCAUGCAGGAUAACCAGUUGCAUGGAAAUCUUACUGUUGAAGAGGCGAUGGCUGUGGCUACAGCUCUCAAGCUGCCUAGCGCUACCACCAGGGCUGACAAGGAGGAAGUGAUACAAGAAAUUCUGGAAACUCUCGGUCUAUCCGAGCAUCAUAAAACGAUGACGUCAAAUUUAUCCGGGGGACAGAAAAAGCGAUUAUCGAUAGCCCUAGAGCUGGUCAAUAAUCCUCCCAUCAUGUUCUUCGAUGAGCCAACAUCUGGUUUGGACAGUUCCUCGUGUUUCCAAUGUAUAUCAUUAUUGAAAACCCUGGCAAGAGGUGGUAGGACAAUCAUCUGCACAAUUCACCAACCUUCUGCCAGAUUAUUCGAAAUGUUCGACCAUCUAUACACAUUGGCGGACGGGCAAUGCGUCUACCAAGGCUCAACUGGGAGAUUAGUGGAAUGGCUGGGAAGUUUAGGGCUUCAGUGCCCAUCGUACCACAACCCAGCAUCCUUCAUCAUUGAAGUUUCGUGCGGCGAGUAUGGAGACAACACCGGCAAGCUAGUCCGGGCUAUCGAGAACGGGAAAAAUGAUAUCAGAACCGGGAUGCCUCUCCCGAAGCCUCUCGACUACAACAACAAACAGGAUAUGGAGGCUUCGCUGAAGAACGGCUGGGACAAGAAUGAUGCAACACAGUUUAAAGACAAGGAGGUCAACGGGAACGGAAAUGCUAACAUACAGAACGGCAUCAUGCAGUACAGCGACGUGGCUAGGGAGAAAGGUGAUCUUCUGGUUCAAGUUGAUACUGAGAAACAGGACAAUGUUGAAGUUGCUUUACUGGGAACAGAAGCUUCGCCACGAAGGUAUGCUACGUCUGAAUUGGUGCAGUUUUGGGUGGUUUUGAAGAGGACUUUACUAUUCAGUAGGAGGGAUUGGACCCUGAUGUACCUGCGUCUGUUUGCUCACAUAUUGGUUGGGUUCCUUAUAGGAGCUUUGUAUUACGACAUCGGUGAUGACGGCUCCAAAGUACUUUCGAACCUCGGCUUUCUGUUCUUCAAUAUGCUCUUCCUCAUGUACACAUCGAUGACCAUCACUAUACUUAGCUUCCCGCUCGAGAUGCCUGUGUUAGUGAAGGAACAUUUCAAUAGAUGGUAUUCUCUCCGUUCAUACUAUUUGGCUAUAACUGUUUCUGAUAUACCAUUCCAGGCUAUCUUCUGUAUCAUCUACGUGGUGAUCGUUUAUCUGCUGACAUCACAGCCCCUCGAGUGGUUUAGGUUCAGUAUGUUCCUGUCCUCAUGUCUGCUAAUAGCCUUCGUGGCUCAAAGUGUGGGGCUCGUAGUAGGGGCUGCUAUGAACGUACAGAACGGCGUAUUCCUAGCGCCAGUAAUGUCAGUUCCGUUCCUCCUAUUCUCCGGUUUCUUCGUGUCCUUCAACGCUAUCCCGGUGUAUCUGAGAUGGAUCACCUACGUGUCAUACAUCAGAUACGGCUUCGAAGGAACUGCUCUAGCUACAUACGCCUUCAACAGAACCAAGCUACAAUGCCAUCAGGUGUACUGUCACUUCAAGAAUCCGGAGACGAUUCUAGAAGAACUAGACAUGAUGAAUGCCGACUUCACACUCGACAUAGCAGCGUUAUGUCUCAUAUUCCUAGUACUGCGUGUGUCAGCGUUCCUCUUCCUGCGUUGGAAACUCAGAUCCACUAGAUAA